AGAUGAUUUUUUUUACCUUUGAAAUAAAUAGAUGGCGCUAGAAAUGUCCAUCUUGCCCGGCUGCGAAAACCGUUAUGUAAAAGCUAGGUUGUGUUUAAGUUUCCUUGCGCUUUCAAAAAGCUGGAUCAUGAUCCUAGUGUUUAUGUAUGUAUGUGUCAGUGUCAAUGAGUGUUGUGUUUGACCGCAGUGUAUGAAUUCAAGUCCGUGGGUUUGCUAAGCAGGUGACUGUGCAGUUCAAUCAUCCCGGAAGGUGUGACGGAUGAAAAAGGGUGCGACAACAGCGAUAUUCACACCUGGUAUCGGGUUUCUUCAAUACGUAAUGAGAAAGCCCGGUGCUGGCAGCACUCUGUUUGACACAUGCAUUGCCAUGACGAUCGUUUGGGCAUAAAUAAAAACGUAUGCACACUCAUGAUGUCAUGUGCACGCUAAUGCACGCAAGUUUGGCGAUCGGUGCAGACCAAUUCUUUAGCAAAGCAAUUAGGGGUGUUUGCUUUAAACACAUACAUCAAAUCAACAUGGAAGCGAAGAAUUUAUGCAAGGAAAAGUGCGAUUUUAAUCAGAACUUGAUAGAACCGUCUCGUUCGUUCACACAAUUAUGUAACAUGAUAAAUGAAUUGGAAAAAGAUAGUAAUAUUGAAAUUGCGGAGUGCAAUCAGCUCGCUAUUGAUGUAAAGUAUGACGGCAACUUGGAGCAAGAGUUGAAAAAAUACUCCGAACAAAUCAAACCGGAAAAGGACGUCACUACAAACAAUUAUGAGCAAACUACAACGACUUACGAAGAUAUAAUGUCCUUUCUGGGAACACUUGAAAACGAGAAUAUGCAAGCGAAUAAUGUUCUGCCAGAAUCAUCCUGCCAGAAUCCUAGGAGCAAACAUGACAUGCAAAAUGGUCAGAUUCUCGGUUAUCAGGAUGAUUUAGAGACUGCAAGAUUGCAGAUCGAAGAGAAGAACGCGACGAUAGAAUGCCUGAAGAGUCAAUUAAAAUCCGAACGCAAGGCAGCAUGCGAUAAAAUGAUGUCGCAGAAACGUUGCCAUGCUACUAAAGUGAAGGAGCUCGAGAACAAGUACAAGACGAUCGUGAAACGACAUCAAAAAUUUAUCGAACAGUUAAUCGCCGAGAAAACAGAUCUCACGCAGAAAUGCGACUUUUUGGCGCGACAGAUUAAAGAAAUGGAACAGAAAAUUCAGCGAGAUCUGAAAGUGAUUACUGAAAGACACACCGUCGAGCUGCAACGCGUGAAAGAAAAUAUAACGGCGUCCGAGAAAAUCCGACGUGAGCGAUGGUUGGAGAUGAAAACCUCAAAAAUUAAGGAAAUGACAGUGAAAGGAUUGGAACCGGAAUUGCACAGUAUGAUGGAACAACAUCAGCAGGAAAUACAGGAGUUAAGGCGCGCGCAUAUAAAGGAAUUGCAGGAUGCGGAAUUGCGUGCGAUGCGUAGGUCGAAUCAGCAAUUGGAACAAUUGCGAAUUGAGUUGACAGACAGUCACGAGAAAAUGUUGGCCAAGGAGAAGGAUAUAUUAGCAGCGAGAUAUCAAGAAAAACUGGAGGAGCAAGAAGCACACUUUCAAACGCAGCAAAGAACAUUUCUGGAGCAUUUUGAAAGAGAGAAGUCGGUGCUCAUUACGGAACAAAAAAAACGUGACGAGGAAACAAGCACAAUGAUGCAACAAAUGCAAUUGCAUUUACAGACGGAAACAAAAAGAUUAAAAGAGCAACAUGAAAUUGCGAAAAAAAAUUUCGAGGAAUCUUUGAGAAAAGAAUGGCUCGCUUGGGCGGAUGAUUAUAAAAAACAGCAAAACACGAAUUUUACAAGAGCGGAGACUGCCAUUCGUAAUAAUUGUCAAAAGGAAAGAGACAAACAGAUAGAGAUUGCUAUAUCUAGGUUGGAUAAGGAAUCUCGUGAAACACGAGCUAAGUUGCAGCAAAGUUUUGAUAAUAAAUUGGAAUUAAUGAAAGAGGAUUACGACUUGAAAUUACAAUCUGCAAUUAAAAAUGAAACAAUUUACAAAAAUAAAUUAUUGUUAUUGGAAGAAAGACUUAAAAGUACGGAAAGUCAGUUUGAAGAAACAAAAAAUAGAUUGAAAGAAUGCCUAUCCAAUCUAAAUAACAUGCACGAGACAAUUGUAAAGUUGACUACUGAGAGGGACAAUGCAAAAGAUACAGCAAGACAAGAAAUUGAAACGGAAAAAAGAGAAUUAGAAGACAAAAUUGCAUUGCUCUAUCAAGAAAUAACUCAGAAUAAUGCUAAUAGAGACCAAAUUAUGGCACAGUUGCACAGCAGGAUAAAACUUGUAGUCACCCAAAAGGUUCUAAUUAUAAAAAAUCUUAAUAAAAAACUCGAUGACGCUAAUUCAAGAUGUGAACAUUUGGAAAAGUUGCUAGAUCAGCAAAGAAAGGAAUAUAUCUUAAAAACUUUGUAAAUAAUUUAAUUUAUAAGAUAUUGUAUGUAUAUGUAUAGAUUGUUUGCAAAAGAUGAAUUAAUUUUGAUCUUAUGUACAAAAAUAUUUUUUUCACGUUUAA